AAACAAACUCAGCCUAAAUCCCAAUUUCCAAAGAAAAAACCCAACUUCUUCGUCCAAAAUCACCGUCUAUUUCCCGACCGGCCACCCAACAUCUCCGUCCAACGCCGGCUGCCGCUGGAGGUUCCAAUUCACAUUCCCCCAGAAAUUCUAAUAAGAACAAUGGAUGGAAAUAUUAAAAUAUCCAUCGACAAGCUGCCAAUCAAACGCCUAGAUGCUAUUGAAGAAAACGGCUCCGAACGCUUUCCUUCUGAUGUGGACUAUGAUGAGAAUAGGUUGAAUUUGAUAAGGAGAAUAGACUUUGGGUGGGCGGUGGAGAGGGAGGAUCCCAGUAAGAAGCAGAAGAGUGAAGGUACAACAACUUCUAAGGAUAGUAAAACCACCAAUCAGCAACCAGGGCAAUGGCAGAGCCUUGUGGAAAAUCUUCAGUUGGCUCGCCAAGAGCUCUCUGUCAUCAUCGAUCUCAUCAAUACUGUAGAGGCGAAUGAUGCAGUAACGGUUGCCGGCAUGACCAGGCCAAAGCAGUUACCCAAUGAGAUUUUGUCUGACCUGGCUGUAUCUACUGCAACGAAGCUACAGUGUUUCCGUCAUCUAGGAAAAUAUUUCAAGCAAUCAGCGACAGCAUUAGAACAGCAGGUAGCUAGAGAAGCAAGAUUUUAUGGUGCUCUCAUUAGAUUGCAGCACAAUUGGAAAGUUAAACGACAUCGAUCGGUGGCUGCUGCCUCUGGCAACAAGGGAUUCUACAUUGAUUUAUUUUACAACACAUUAAAUGAUACAUCUGCUUCACUUCGCCCAUCUUCUAUGUCUACAAUUCCUAUCGAGCAUGACACAGCUGGAAUGCUGGCUGUGAAUUUGCCUCCAAAUUCAUGCCACUCUCUUCGAUUUGAGUUUCUUGGUUCUCAUUUUGCUAAUAAUAUGAGAAGAAUCGGUGAGACCAACACGCGUGCCUUGUCUGAGGAUUCCACAGAAACUAUGAAAGAACAUGCUAAUGAUGAUGAAUGUGUGAGGGAAACACAUUCACUCCUCCGUGAAGUUCAUCGCGCCAUCUUUGAUGAGCAAGUGUUUGAAUUGAUAAGUUACGAAGCAUGUAAUUCAUCUCUAAGUGUAAAUCUGACUGGGAUACAAGAAAACUAUCUAAGCUUGAGCAUUAACCAAGGAGCGUCUGUUUCGAUUUCACUUCUGCCAUCUAGUCAAGAUAACAAGACAGACUGUGGAGCAGGCACAAACAGUUCAGAGACUGAAACUUUACCUUCUGAAUUAUUGGAUGGGUCAAAAUUUGGAGAAGGAAAAGAUAACGUGAAGAAAUUGGGGUUUCCAAAUCGAAUUAGUUUCGAGAUUUAUUUGCAACAACUGUUUAAUGAAUAUGUGUUUGUAAAAGCAAAAAAUAAGACCACGUCUUCUGUUAGAAGUCAGAUAUCUGGUCAGCAAUCAAAGGACAACUUAAAUAUUCUGGAUCAUUUCUGCAUGUCUCUAGCUCACAGAAUCUUCUCAAACAAAGUUCUGUCAGAGCUGGAAUAUCUGGUUUGCAAAACUCCGUAUGUCCAGUUGAUAUCUCACCACACUUGGCAUUCACGGACAUCUUCAUGGACUCUAUCAAUGAAGGUUCCUCAGUCGAUUCUUCAUGCUGGAAGCCAAAUUCAGUCAUCUGGUGCUAACAAUGUGAAGAACGUAAAAUCUCAGUUUUGGACUAAGGUGGUUGUGAUUGAUGAAUCUAUUAGUGUGCAAGGGGAAGGUAAUCCUAACGUUGUUGGCCUAUUUAAUGGAAAGCCCGAGAUCACUUGUCCUAUCAACAGAUACGAAUGUGACUUGGCAGAUCUUCCUAUAAUACUCCUGCAGCAGGUUGCUAGUCAAGUUAUUCAGUGGCUUCAUGAGGAAGCCCUCAGUCUCGGUAUUAAAGUGAAUAGAGACUUCUUAUCGUUGGCAUUUGAACUGGACCAUGGUGAAAUAGCUAGUUUGGUGGCUCAUGUAGACCCUGAAGAUACCAUAGGAUGCAUCUCAUGGUGGUUGAUGAUAGAUGAUGGAUUAACCGAGGAUCUUAAACUUCAUCCUGGCCUCUCAAUUGGUGAAUCUGAAAGCAGGAAAUUUCUAGGUCAUUUAUCUCUGAAUGUGUUGUACUCUACUCUAUUGGAUUUUGUGAACUUGUGUAGCUGUUAAUGAUUCUGAGCAUUUUUAUGUUGCACUUGAACAUAGAACGGUUUGAUUUACAAACUUGACUAGCAAGUGUGCUUGAUUUUUGUGAAGUGCACAAGGUUAAGCUAGUCAGCUUAGUUUCCAUCAACAAAAUGCUGGUUGUUCCGGAGGUAUCUUGUCUCGAUUUCAAUGCAAAGUUUUAUCCUCACUGUUGGAAUCAAAAUAAACUGUCGUUGUAUGGUCUGGGUUGUAGUUGUUUAGAAUGAAUACUUCCUGCUCCAGCCAUAUCCGUGGGAAUGUGACCUACUGGACUAUGGACCUUUACCUUGAUGGGGAUUGUUCUUCUGGGUCUAGUUAUAAGCACAUGGCUCGUGUAAGAUUAUAAUGCUGUUAAGAGUUUUUUAUGCCCUUUUUUUGGCAUUUGUCCUGCUUGGUUCUAUCAUAUUA